UAGAAAUGUUUUGGCGGCUUCGACGAGGACGCGACAGUCAGUAUAGGAGCUCUGGGUUUGGUGAACGCGAAGAAGCAGGCUGUGAACCGCUCAGUGUGUGGGAUUGAUUAGCACAGCUCCUGUGUGUUGAAUGAGCAUUGCCUUUUCAUACAGGCCUGAUGACAACUUUGAUGAUGCCGAGCGACUACGGUGCGGAGAUGUACCUUGGCUCCUCUCCCGUCCUCACCUCCGGGUACCUCGCCUCCCAGCCCUUCAUACAUGACUACACCACCCGCCUGUCCUCCCUCCAGACAGCUCCCACCCCGCUUCAGGCCACCCCUCUCCAGGCCAGCCCCCUCCACUCCUUCUGGAGCACCGGCACCCAGUCAUGCGGCGCCAUGGUCAACGGGAACAGCUUCAGGAACACCUUGGAUAACAGUCAGCUCAGUUGUUCCUCGGCGUACGCGAACGAGAUCGGCGUGAGGAGAAGCUUCAGAUCAGCAAGUCGACGGUCACCUUCUAAAAAGAAGCUGGACACGCUGACGCUGCAGCCCAUUCAAGUCUUGCCUAGUGGCCCGACAGGACGAGGGGGAGCCCGAGCAACUGGGCGCCGGUGUCCCCCACCAGACUAAAAAAGAAGGUGGUGUUCGACCGAUACUCAAGGUCACCCCGCUCACGAGAGAUCCGCGUCCUUACAGAAAGACCGGACUGCCCCCCAAGAUGGACCGCCGACUUCCUUGAGCAGGUGACCGGGGGAGCCAAGGCGGAGGCAGUGGCUGACCAGUGGGAGUUGGCGUUCGCUCAGCCCGCCUCUGACUACAUCGGCAUGAAGGCGAGACUGGAGCGGGACAAUGUUUGCUUGGAGAACGUGAUGAUCAAGGAGGCUGAGGGGAACAUUGCGGGCACUGUCAAGGUCCGCAAUCUGUCAUACAACAAGACGGUCAAGGUAAGGUUCACCAUAGACAACUGGGCUUCCCACGAGGACGUCGAGGCAACGUACGUUCCCUCACGAUGCACAGCCACGGGCGCCUCCUACGACCUGUACGACACCUUCUCCUUCAUCUUUCCCUUGCCCGUCUCCACGCAAGCAGACAAGAUCGAGUUCUGCGUGUGCUUCUCCAGCGACAACGUGGAGUAUUGGGACAACAACAACAGCAAGAAUUACGUGGUCGUAUCCUUCAGACCCAAGACGAGUCUCAAGGAGGGGAAGCCCAAGGACGUGAACGACGUGCACAUAGACGCCUGGAGUGAGUUCGCGUCCUGGAACCAUCUGAACAUUAACGACUCCCCGUACUGGUGAGGACACCCGGCGGAGGAGCAACAAGGGAUCACGCACCGGAACGCAACAAGCCGAAACUGAACAAGACACAGAUAAAACGGAGUUAGAGAGAAGGGGAAAAUAAAAAGAGAGAUAUAUAAGAAGACAUAGUGGAAGUUACAAGUAGGGUACCUAGAAAGAAAGAGAGAGAAAGGUCAUUAGAAAAGGAAGUGUUGUACAGUCGCAGUCUUCAGUUCCAUAGCUGUGGUGUGGUGGUGCUACAACUACACGUUAGUAUUGUCAUGCUGGUAUCUUGUCUCCUGUAAGGAAGCGGUACUAUUCAAGAAGGAUGAGUGCUGCUUGUGGUCGCCUGCAUAUGAUACACGAUACACCCACACAUGCAGUGGAAGAAGAGAAUAACUUAAGAAUUAUACACAAAGAGCCCCACACUGAGAAAAUUAAAAGAAAAUGAUAAUAAAAUGAUAAAUAGAAGCCAUUAACUCAUUUUACAUAAUCACCUUUAAAAUGUGUUAUCAGCGAGAGAAGAAAAGAUCAUGUAUAUAUGUAAGAAGUCAAGGGAAGUGGUGAGUGUGUUGUGCGCCGGCGGUGAGGUCUUCGUCAGCGCCUACAGGUGGCUGCACGAGACUCCAGUAACCCCUGGGUCGAGGGGCAGUGGUGGAGGAGUUGCCUUGCGGGUCCUUCCGUCGGUCCCUCCUCCAGGCUGAGCCACGCGAGGGGGCCUCAGGGGGCGCGGGUCACCAAGGAAGACUCGGAACCCGCGUCGGACAUCGGCAGUGUGACAGCAGCGAUGUAUUAGAAUUUGUUAAGCUACUAGUCAUUCAUCGCAAGGCUCUGAGUCCCGGUCUGUGCCACAGCCGCCUCGGUCACAGCCACCACCACCACCAUCACCACCACCACCACCACCACCACCACCAGAGCACCACAACACCACAAACAGCACCAUAAUCAAACAACAACCACCAUGACAUCCUUUAAUCCUUCCCACCACCGCCGCUGGACUGCUUACGGCCCAAGGAAGAGAAAACAGAGAAGAGCAAAUAUAUCCUGCAUCAGUUUCCUGUAACGCGCCAACAUGACACCACGCGGCGCCGCCAGGAGGAUCUCAGGAGUCCACGCGUUCCCCGGCAGGAUAGGGGACGCGGAGGAAGGACGGGGCGAGGCUGAGAGAUGACCCAAGUAGCCCGUACAAGAAGAGGCUGAGCGAGACAUCCCGGCGUUUGGAAAUGGAGAAAACGAAGGUGAAUGAAUCGGGUUUGAGUGUAAGAGUUUGAGAAGAGUGAGUGUUUGCAUGGAGAAGCAAGUGUCAGUCAGUGGCCGCCAAGCAGGGACAGCGAUCACCAGUGGCUUAGUGGUCCGCUCCCACACGGAAAUUUGUCUGUGAUAAAGAAAAAUGUGAAUAAUUGCACACCGCUGCUUGUGUCGCUGUGAUGAUUUAAAAAAAAAAUGUUUAAAAAAAUGUAGAUGUAGAUGACGGGGCGGGCCUAGGCGGUCGGGACUGCGGGCGUAGGAUGGGCGUGUGGGCGGGCAGGUAUACAGCACAGGUGAGCAGGCACACAGGUGAAGGGAGGCGACAGGUAAUAAGGGAUAGGUGCAAGGUGUUUGCUCUUCGGAUGUGUAUUUAGUUGGAUAUGUAAACCUAAAGUGCAAUAUAUGUAUGAGCACCGCUUCUCACAGCUUCCAAGGCUGCCUCUCCCCCUCCCCAUGUCCUCCGCCUCAGGGUAACGCGGCACACGUGCCUGCCUCCCCUGCAGCGCGGCGGACACGGGUGUGGCUCUUACAUUCCCGCAGCGAAGUAAUGACGCAACCAGGCCCUGCCCCCCUGGCACCCGGGCGACUUCUUGGCUGCUUGGCGGGCAUGGCGACCCCUGCGCGAGUCUGAGGCGUGGUGGGGAGCGGCUCCCCUUGGGAAGCGUGAGACGCGAGUCGCGAAGGCAUGAGUCAGGUGGCACGAGUAGAGUAGUUCACCUGUUGACCAAUGAGAGGUGAUCAGUGUCUUGGUUAGCUUGGUAGAGGCUAAGUGUACAAAUGAUUAUCCUUUCCUAUACUACUAUGUCCCUCCCACCUUCGGGUAGCGCCAGUGUAUCACUCGGCAUUCAUGUGUGAGUAAGCUUAAGGCAGCGGCGGGUCUGCACCUUGGGCGGUGGCCCUGCAGCACUUCCUCCUCCGCCCUCCUGGAGGAAGUGAGGACCUCCAGACGCGGCGGAGGUUGUGCUGCGGCCUUCCAGGAGGCGCGGUGGCUUGUGACGGAAAGAGAAAUCCCUCCUUUUAUUUAAUCUAACCGCGUCUUGCGUCACGCGGGUCCCCGCAGGUUGGUCCCGCCGCUAUCAAGGUGGCAGCUGAGCACAGACUUCUUGGAGAGUCGCGCGGCCAGGGGAGGACCUGCGGCCGGAAAUGUGAGUGUGUGCGCGCGUGCGUGCGUGUGAUAGAGAGUAUUUUCCUUCCUAGCUCGAAUCGUCUCUGGUCGCCGUGUAUAAAACUAGAAGUAGGAGUGACGCAGAGGACGCCGAGACAAGACCCUGAUGCACGAGGGCGGCGUGACAUGUCAGCCUCGUGGCAUCCGCGUGUGUAUGAUAUUGCAUUUGUCUCCCUCCCACCACGAUAUUUAUAUACAAAGAAGAUAUAGCUUAGAUGUAUUUUAUGACGCCUUCCAAGGGACUGUGCUCUGAUAAACCCUUCUAUGCCUUGAGUGGAGGGAAGGUCGAGGGCGGCGGAGCGUUGCCACAUUCACUAGUAGUUAGGUGUGCCCAGGUGUGCCUUUCACCAAGAGCAGAGGCACCAGGCCCUCGCCUCAGCUAAGUUACCACGAGGAUAGUAAUUGUAGUAGUAAUAGCUGGAGGGAGCGAGGCCACCACCCCUAAAUAGUCGAUGGGGCGAGGCCAGUGUCGUGCUCGCCCUCUCAUUCUCCUGCUGACCUCUUGCAACGCUGCCGCCCUCGCCUCUUCAUUUAUGUAAUAAUGGCCUUGGGUCGUUCAGGUGAUUCAUAGUUAACGUAAUUUAAUUAUAUUUCUGCGGCGGUCAACUCCGGUAUAGAGUGGUCGUCCUCAUAAUGUUAUGAUAUAGAACGAGUACGUGUAAUGAUGGUAGAUCUAUUACUCCAUAAAACUAUAUAUAUACAUAUAUAUAUUACUAUUUUUGUGUCGACCUCAUAGUGAGCUUAGCCACACACUUAACACGUCCACCGCUGUUCGUUUAUCGCCCUACGGGUAAAGUUCGCGCCGUGGAGCCCGUCGCCAUCAACUACGAAACACUGAGGGAUGUGAUAGCAUGAGCGGGCGCGCCGCGUGUUCUCGCCGCCCCUGCCGUCGGCAGGAUACGGGGGACCGAGGUGUCUGUGUGGGUGCCCGAGGGAGUAGAGAUGUAAUCCCGCAAAGGAAAGCGAAACUAGCCUGUUAUAAGGGGUGAAACUAGCCUAUUGUAAGGGAUGCGGGAGGGAGGGCGGGCGGGGGGAGAUGGGUUGCGGGGACUCUUGUCUUAUCGCUCAAGGAACAGCAACAGAAGGUGAUACACUCACUUAUUAGUUUUUGUAAGUGUCACCCCAAUGUGGAGUUGCGAUGCACCAUUCAGCGAGUUGGGUUCCCUGUAAACAUGUCAGAUGUAUGUAUCAGUGUGCCAAACUAUUUGAAGAAAUGAUAUGCAUAUACAUACUAUAUAUAUCUUUUCUGUACGAGUGUGGAUGAGCGGGUGGUCGGUGGCGGUGAGGAAGGGGCGAGCUUCGCCUGCACACAGUCGUUGCUCAAGAUGUACCAAGAGUUCCUUUGGUGAGUGUGUUAUGUAUCGCGCUGCCCCUGUGAUGGCCUCGACUGGGGAGGCGAAGAAGCCACACGGGGCAUCAGGCUCCCCAGGCCUGGCUUCCUCCCCUCCGCAGCCGCCACCCAGUAUGCGGACCUUAUCGCUGCUAUGUAGUUCGUAAGAGGAAGAACAUCCGCCACCAUUACUGUUAUUAAUGUGUUUUAACAUUUGCUGACGUUGCCGUGCCUGCGGCGGCCCCCGGGCGGGCGGGAGGCCGAAGCACGCGGCCCUACGCCCUGGGGCGUGGCUGGCGCCCCUCUUAUAUUUCUUGGUUGUGUUGAUUUUCCCCAUGAUGGCAGAGAGGCGGCCUCGCGCUGCCUCUCUCAAGAAGAAAUGGUAUUCUUAAAUCUUGUAAUUGUCUUGAAUUCUUAGCCACACGUGAAAAAUUGUAAUUAUUUUAUAUUGCACGAUAUUUUACGAUUUUUGCAAACAUCAAAUAAAUACAUGAAUGUG